CUGUAAUCACAGUGCAUAUCUGCAACAGCGCAACUCUCAAAAAAGUGCUUUACCUUUAGUAACGCGGGUCAUGACGCGAAAUGAACUUUUUAAAGAAGCCUUUUCACAGGCUGUUGCGGCAUUUUUGGUGGAUGUGCCCGUCAUCAUGCAUGGUUCCGGCGACGUAACGUCGUCGGCUGUCCACCCCGACACGGCCCAUCUCCUUUCAUCAUUGACGACACAAUAUAUCUCCAACUUGGUGGACGCUGCUCUCGACUCCCAUCUCAUGCUACAGGAUGGCGGAGAGCACAGUCAUGUUUUGAGGCCUCCUCCUCCCACUUUUCGACGAUCUCGUCUUCCACCGAUACCUCUCGCACCGGAACUUAUUAAGGCCAAUAAACGAAAGCGCCGCCGCGUUCGUUCCGCAGACGAAUUUUGGGAUGACCCAUUACCAAAGCCGAAAAUUAGAAAGCCGGGACCUACUCUAACCAUGCCGAACAGGGGCGAGGCUACGCCCGACGGCAACGUCUCCAUUGACGAAUGGGUUGGUGUAGCUGGUGUCGAUCUGAUGGAAAAUCGUGCUCGAUUGGCUUAUGUACGAGGUACUGCUGCGCUGUCGACGCAAUCGUUCAUCUUUCCAAUUUGCCACGAUAUCUACGCCUACGGUCGCGUCACGGAAGUGCAGGCCGCCAAGCGCACAAUCCAACCGCUAUUGAUCGAUCAAACACUAAUGGAAUUGGUACGAACAGACGGACAAACACAGGGACACACACAAAGGAAGAAAACACAGCGAUUUGAUAAUGAAUCUGACUCCGACGAAGAUGGCGAAGACGAGGCCAAGCAAGACGCCGAGGAUAUUGGGCCCGAAUGGCCUGGGUUGGAGGCCGUGCUGCCUGUCCAUUGCGGGGAAGGGAUACUGGACUUUGCCGGCUCAAUAUCAUAG